GAGGGCUGGCCCCACGCGCCAGGCGAAGGAGUGACCUCCGGGCGGGGGAAGGCGGGCCUUCCGGGCAGGGCAGCGCGGGUACCCGGCGCCGUUUCGCUGCCGCACCGGCAGCGCCCGGACCCCUUUGGCUGGUGCGCCACCUGCGGCUCUGGCUGCCGCUGUCAGUUGGGUGGCUGGGUCCCAACAUGGCGUCGGCGGCCGCGGGGGCGGCUGCGGGGUCCGGGGCCGGGUCGGGCGGAUGGAAAUACUGAUGACAGUCCGGAGACUCGCCUCCAGCUGUACCAUGUUCCAUGGGAUCUUAAUAACCAGGAAGUGGUCAGAACCUCAAUUUUCCAUUGCAUCCAAAUGACAGGCGCCAAUGCCUCUGCUUUGGAGAAAGAGAUUGGUCCUGAACAGUUUCCUGUGAAUGAACAUUAUUUUGGCUUGGUCAAUUUUGGCAAUACCUGCUACUGCAACUCAGUCCUACAGGCACUUUAUUUUUGUCGUCCGUUUCGGGAAAAAGUUUUGGCAUACAAGGUCCAGCCCCGGAAGAAGGAAAGCCUCCUUACGUGCCUCUCUGAUCUCUUCAACAGCAUUGCCACACAAAAGAAGAAGGUGGGGGUCAUCCCACCCAAGAAAUUUAUUUCCCGGUUGAGGAAAGAAAAUGAGUUAUUUGAUAAUUAUAUGCAGCAAGAUGCACAUGAAUUCCUAAACUACCUACUAAACACUAUUGCUGACUUACUACAAGAAGAGAAAAAACAGGAGAAACAGAAUGGCAAACUCCAGAAUGGCAGUAUUGAGAGUGAGGAAGGAGACAAGACUGAUCUGACAUGGGUCCAUGAAAUCUUCCAGGGAACACUAACCAACGAAACCAGAUGUCUUAACUGUGAAGCUGUUAGUAGCAAAGAUGAGGACUUCCUGGACCUAUCGGUUGAUGUGGAACAAAAUACAUCAAUUACACACUGCCUAAGGGGGUUCAGUAAUACUGAGACUUUAUGCAGUGAAUAUAAAUAUUACUGUGAACAGUGUCGCAGUAAACAGGAAGCACAGAAGAGAAUGAGAGUGAAGAAGUUGCCCAUGAUUCUAGCUCUGCACUUAAAAAGGUUCAAAUACAUGGACCAGCUGCAUCGAUACACCAAACUCUCCUACCGUGUAGUCUUUCCCUUGGAGCUUCGGCUCUUUAAUACUUCAGGAGAUGCUACAAACCCUGACAGAAUGUAUGACCUUGUGGCUGUAGUAGUUCACUGUGGCAGCGGUCCAAACCGUGGACAUUAUAUCACCAUAGUGAAGAGCCAUGGCUUUUGGUUGCUGUUUGACGACGACAUUGUAGAGAAAAUUGAUGCCCAGGCCAUUGAAGAAUUCUAUGGGUUAACAUCAGACAUUUCCAAAAACUCAGAAUCCGGAUAUAUCCUCUUCUACCAGUCAAGAGACUAAAACUGACAUGAUAAAUGUGUACAAAUAAAAGAAAAAAGGGAUCAAGGUUAUGUCCCAAGUAGGACAUCAGUGACAGCAGAAACAAUUCCUCAUCAUUGCUGUAGGACCAUGAGAGAUCCAGCAGGGAGAAGAAAGGUUUACCUCUGCCAUUUCUUGGAGGAUGAGUGCUGUCUUCUGUAAGAAGAAGAGCUUUUGCUCUGAUUUUCUUUCUGGGCUUUUUUUUUUUACAUUGCUAGCUUCCAAAAUCUGGGUUACCUCUACUUGAAACCUGGCUGCUUAUUUGUUCAAGAACUGAAGAAAGGUUUUAAAAGUAGCAUUGUGGAAUUCUUUACCAUUCAGUGUCAGCCUGAGGCUAUACCUUGGAGUCUGUCAUCGUCGUUUUUCUGUAUUUUAGCAGAAUGAUUUCAAUAUUCAGUGCCAGCUGAACACAUAUUUUGAGAUAUGAGCAGCAGCCAGUUGCUGGAUAUUUUUGGUGACUCAGACAUGCGAAACAGUACAGUGCUAAAACACUGGAAACGUCAAGUCUGUAAUUUUUAAAAAGGUAGACACAAAGCUAUUUCUGCAGCAUUAUAAAUCCCUCAGUAUGUAUCAUCUUGGUUUUAGAUAACACUAAUAGCACUCUUUUUUGUAUAUUUUUAACUUUUACUAUCCUAUUCCCCCUCCAGAAGAUGUAAUUUUUUUUCCCACAUUUAACCUAAUCUGUUGUACUUUUUAAUUUUUUAAGCAAAAGUUUGACUCUCAAAGCCACAAUGCUGCAAAUUCAAGCAAAGAAGCAGUUGAGCUUUUAAAAGUGCAUGUCUUGCAACAAGUUGUUAUAGAAAGUUUAAAGUUACAGUAUUUCUUGGAGCUAUUGCAUACGCCAAAAGUGCCCUCUUCUGAAACAGGAUCUGUUCAGCAUUUCAUUCAGUAUAUAGUAAACAGAUGCAGGAUCGUAUCUGCCUAUGAUAAUACACAGAAGCAGCACUAAUUGUGAAGAGUUAACCAAGGGAAGCAUUAUUUACAUAACUAAUCCAGUUGUUCCUAGUCUUUGAAAUUUCCAUUAAGGAAGAAAAACAAAAAACAAAGGUUAACACACACUACCUUGCAAAGAGUUCCUCUUCAUCUUGUUGGUUACAUUAGUUUUGUCAUGUGAAUCAUUGCCCCUGAAAAUGCUCUCUGGUUUGAUAUGCCACUGUAGGCCUUGCUUAACAGGGGAAAGGUAUGUUUUGUCUUAUGAAGACUGAAUUUAAGAAACUGUCCAUUACAAAUGUAUAUAGUAUAAUCUCAAGGAUAAUUAGAAAGAAAAGAUUAAAGGGAAUUUAUAAGAAAUCUCUGAAACCCUUUAUGUAAUUUUCUUUUUGAAAAGUCCUGUUACAGUGCCAAAGCUUGUCAUAGCUGGCUCUAAACCAUGAGUGGAAAUUGAUAUUUUCCUUUCUUCUUCUUGUUAAAUAACACCAAAGCUGUCUUCUACCUUGUUGGUCUUAGUACAGCACUUCGUAGUACGCACUGGUGAUUGUUAUCUAUGAGGACAUUUAAUUUAUGCAAUUCUGUGAUUUGUAUGGGAUAAAUAGAAUAUUUUUACCAAAAUAUUGUCCUCGUGAAGACAACCCAUCAUAUACAUGCAGUCCUUUAUGGUGGCUGUACUCAUUAUCUGUUGUUCCCUUUCACAACUGGAAACCUCCUGUUAGCAAUUAAUUCCUUUCUUUUUAAAAUGGAAGUUAGUAAAUAUUAGCAUAUUCCAAUUGGGUACAAGUUCCAUCCCCUCCCACCUCUCCUUCUCCAGAAGAAAAUGUAUGGACAGUCAAUUCCUGAUUUUUAUUAUGCAAAAUACUCUCAUUUUCAGAGAUUUAAUCAGUAACCGUAAAAUUUUUUUGUCAUCUUGUUGUUCCUACUUGUGUGAAAAUUGCUCUUGGUCAGCAGUCCUCUCCCCUUGUUCGCAGAAAAGCCCAGAGCCCCUGGAUAGUGACACUAACAGAAAUCUGUCAUCAGUAACUCUUGCAAAAAGGAGAGCGCACUGAGUUUAAAAAACAAAUCUAAACAGUCAACACAAAAAAGUGAUGUAGAACACUAUACAUGUAUUUUGUAUAUCUGGUGAUACAUUUUUACAAAUAAAAUACCUGAUUUGAGAGAGAGAAUAUUGAAAGAAUAUAUACUAUAGAUUAAAAGAACUGUUAAAAGUGCACUUUUGCUACAGAUUUAUAAGGAAACUAAAUGGGAUUAAAUUGGAAGAGAAUGGUGUGAUAUUACUUCUGUAUAAUUAAUGACCCCACCUGUCUCCAAUAAAGGUCAUGUAUGUUCACAUGCACAUGGCCCAAAUGUUUUUCCUUGAUUGGUGUGAAUAUCACUCGAAGGCGAAAAAUAAAAGUAAUUGGUUAGUUUUGACAAGACUGAA